UGCUAAGCGCUUGCAUAUAAAUACAUAAAUAUAUCUGCGCUGUAUUGUUGUUUGUGUGUGUGUGAGUGUGUGCGCAUGUUAUGCGUGUGACCUUUGUCGGCGCUUCCCUUCAAGCAUUUGUAUGUCAAUAUGGAGACAGAAAUCCAGCUGGAGCUGCAGUCCCUUGAUAAAAAGGAUCAGCACGAGGAACAAAUCGAGCAGCGGCAACCGCUGCUCUCAACAACAACAACAACAACAACAGCAGCAACCACAAAUAACAACAAUAAUAGCAAUAGCAAUGACAACAAUGGAACACAGGUCACGCUCAGCUCUGGCUCGGGUAAUUCCAUCGAUGCGGCCCCAUCGAGCCAAGCGCUGCCCGCCAUCCCACCAGCCACGCCCCCAGCGAGCACAUCCCGCCAGCUGUUCAGGGAAGCCGCCGCUCGGCACGGCGGAACCGAAUCGUUGGCCCUAAUGCAACAGGAACAGAACUACAUAGCUGCCACACAGCUGCCGAAGGUUCAUAGCGAUGCCUCCAUGCCGGAUGCGACUGUCUCGAGGAAUCCGUCGACGACGGGCCGGCACGAGAAGAAGAUCGGCCACCGGCGGGUGGCCGAGGGCGGCGAGGUGACCUACAAGAAAAUCCAAUCGAAGCAGAUCAUGGGCUCCAUCCAGCUGGGCAUACAGCACACCGUGGGCAGCCUGGCGAACAAGCCGAAGCGAGAUUUGCUGAUGAACGAUUUCUGGGAGAUGGAGACGAUCGCCUUUCCGCCCGACGGCUCAUCCCUGACGCCCGCUCAUCACUACAGCGACUUUCGCUUCAAGGUCUAUGCUCCGAUUGCUUUUCGUUACUUUCGCGAUCUGUUCAACAUCGAGCCGGAUGACUUUCUAAUGUCGAUGUGUGCGUCGCCGAUGCGCGAGCUGUCCAAUCCGGGCGCCUCGGGCUCCAUAUUCUAUCUGACCGACGAUGAUGAGUUCAUCAUCAAGACGGUGCAGAAGAAGGAGUGUGAAUUCCUGCAGAAGCUUUUGCCCGGCUACUACAUGAAUCUCUCCCAGAAUCCGCGCACGCUGCUGCCCAAGUUCUUCGGCCUGUACUGCUUCCACUACAACUCAAAGAACGUUCGAUUGGUGGCCAUGAACAAUCUGCUGCCGUCGGACAUUAAGAUGCACGAGAAGUACGAUCUGAAGGGCUCGACAUUCAGGCGAAAGGCCUCCAAGGCGGAGCGGCAGAAGGCGAGUCCGACGUACAAGGAUCUGGACUUUGCCGAGCACCAUCCGAAUGGCAUUUUCCUGGAGACCGACACCUAUACGGCGCUGAUGAACACGAUCAAGAGGGAUUGCAUGGUCCUGGAGAGCUUCCAAAUCAUGGACUACUCGCUCCUGGUGGGCAUACACAAUCUGGAUCUGGCGGCCAAGGAGAAGAAGGAGGAGCGCAUACGUAAUGCAAGGGCCAAGCUGCAGCGCAAGGAAUGCCCCGACGACGAUGCACCCGAAGCGGAUCAGGUGAACCAGCUGCAGCCCGUCUCCAGCUCGGCCUCCAUACCGGGCACCUCGGCGGCGGGACUGAAUCGGACGCGCAGCAUGAAUCGCCAGCGAUUGGUGGCCCAUUCCACGGCCAUGGAGUCGAUCACGGCCGAUUUGGAUGCGACGCUCGAGGAGGGCGUCGACGAGCCAAAGGGCGGCAUUCCAGCGCGCUCCGAGAACGAUGAGCGAUUAAUGCUCUACAUCGGCAUCAUCGACAUCCUGCAGUCGUAUCGGCUGGAGAAGAAGCUGGAGCACACAUUCAAGAGCAUCCUCUACAACGGCGACACGGUCUCCGUGUGCCGGCCCUCGUUCUACGCGAAGCGCUUCCAGGACGCCAUGGGCAAGCAGGUGUUCAAGAAGACGCCCACAUUUCCGCUCAAACAUUCCCCCUCGAAACGCAAGACGUCGGCCACGCAGCCGCUGCGCAGCCCGCUCAAUCGCACGAGCGUCGCGAACACGCCCAGCAAUAGCGGCAGCAGCAGCCGGCCCGUCGCCCUGGCUCUGCUCUCCGGCAUGUCGACGCCGCCACCUGCCUUCGAUGACCUCCGAGGAGGACAUCACGGCCGGAGCGUCAACGACGACGCUGCAGCAGCGGACGUCGAAUGCGAAUGCGAGUGCGAGUGCGCCACGCCUACAGUCGCCCUACUCCUACGCCAGCUCGAUGCGCAGCAGCGACUACAGCGACGACGAUGAGAUUGUGGAGGCGAAUACCAAUGCUGUGGAUGCUGUGGACCAGCAUGUGCGCAGCAAUGGGCGUGGCAAGGAGCUGCGGCAGCCGCUGGCCCGGGG